GAUGCUGUUUUGCCUUGCUGAAGCGCUUACAAAGAGAAGUCCUUACCUCCCAUCGGUAAGAGGAGUGGUGGAGUUUGCAGCAGAGGUCUGUGCAGUGCUCAGGAUGGGGGUGAUAUAGGUGUGCUAAGUAUCUGUUUUUGAAUGCAGAAAGUCAGUUUGUCCCCGUUUUGGGGAGGAAGAAGAAAGCCACGGCUGCUGCUGAGUUCCCAGGAGCCCUGGGGAGGGGGCUGUCUCUACGGCCUUGCCAGCUGUGGGAUCAGUGACAGCUAGGAAAUACCACUCCUCAGAGAGGGCUGACCUUGCCUGCUGGGGAGAAUGUGCAUUAUCUCACCCUUCACUGAGGUCCAAAUCUGCCAAGGAUGACUGUGAUCUACCUCGUGCAUUUGUGAGGUGGUGGCACACAGCAGCUUGCUGGCAUUUUCUAGAUAUCAAAUGGCAUCAACUGAGCAGAGUUUGAUUACUGGAGAAAUCAAGGCUUCCAUUCUGACCACAGAAGCCAACAGGAGCUGGGGUGCUCUGCCUUCACUGAGGAAGCAAAACCUUGCCUUUGAAAGAGCAGUAGUCCCUCAUUUCCAAUUCAUGCUGAGACGUGAGCCCGGUAGGAGCUCAGAUCCUGCUGAGGGCAGAACCAUGCCCUCAGUUUUCUUACUUCAGGGAGAAAUGGCUACUGAAAAGGAGCAUGUUGGGCCUCAAAGGGCUGCAGAUUCUCUCAUGCAAUGCAUCUAAUGCAGAGUGUGCCACUUCUGAUUCUCCUGCCCCAGCCAUUCCUCAAAAUGGGAGAUGGGUACCACUUAGCUCAAGGUGUAAGCAAUUAGAGUGGGGAGAUCUCGCUCCUGCUCACCUGUACUGGUCAUCCACCAAGUUUUAUGCUAUUACCUCUUCAUUAUUUUUUUUUUUCCCUACGUGUCUACGUCCUGAAUGGACUGUGGUUGUUUCAGGUGUUUAGUGAGUGGGUGGGACCUGGCAGAAGAACAAUGUUUAGCAACAAGGGAAGUCAAACACAUUUAAGGAGUUCAAUCUGAAUAAGGGACGUUUUCUUUUCCCUCGUUUUUCUAUUUUAUUGAAGCAGUCAAAAAAACCUGGCUUGUCCAUUCACAUUUGCCUCAGACUCAGGGCACAAAGCUGUGGUAUGAGUAAUUCUGUUCUUUUCUUUUUACUGAACACAGUGAGGCUUAUGCAGUACACUCUGUUCUCCAGCCUGUGGGAUAACUUGCAUCCAUUUUAAUCCCUUCUGAGGGGAAUACAAACUUUCUCAGCCUUCAGUGGGCAGUUUACAGAUCUAUACCUUGAAUUACAAAAUUGUGAGCUUCUGAGGAAAGACAUUUUCUUUGUCUAUAGGAAACUACUAUUAAAAGGAAAAAUACUUUCCAUCAGUGAAUCAACAGUGUGGUUAGUGAUGCUUUUGUACAGUCUGUUGCAUUGUCACAUUCAGCAAUCAGGUUCAAGGAAAACAGUGUUGAAGCCAGAGGAUGAAGGGAGCUGACUGGUGACUCCAUCGAUGAUAAUAGUAUACAGGGCCUCUUUUUCAUUGCUCUGGAAUGAAAACUACCCAGUUAAAAACCCCUUAUUUAUCACUUGGAUGACAGCUGUCAAGAAAGACCAAAAAAGCUGAUUUAGCUGAGCACCUCUGUGCCACACACAAACGGGAAAAUAUGCCAGCCAACCUAGUUGCACUGGGAAUUAUUUUUAAAUCAGCUGGCCUUUUAAAAUUAAACUCAAAUUUGAAACUUACCUUCAGGAAGUAAAAACUGGAAACUGAAGGGAGACUAAUAUCAAAUAAUUGCAAAUGGCCUAACUUCAGUAAAAUGCUUUUGCUUGUUCUUGGGCAUGUUCUUCAGUGAUUUGCUGUAGACUUUGACUACUUAAUGCUUCUUCUGCUCAAGAGGUGAUUUAGACAGAUGGGGCUAAGAUCACAUUUUUUUCCAAGUUAGUAGCAAAAAUUCUAUUAAUUUGCAGCCUGUAGAGUCAGAGUGCUUUAUAUAAUUUCUCCAGGCUUACAGAGUACAGACAUUUUUCAAGAACAAUGUGAAAGUUGUUAUUUAAUUAAAGAUAAUAAACCUUUAGCUGCAAAAGAGAGCCUAUGCCAUGUACAACUGAUAAAACUAAUAAAAAUUGGAUGAGGAAAGCUAUUCUUGUAAUCCCCUUGUAAUUGAAAAGUGCUUCAGAUAAAAUAGAGCAUCAAAGGAUUAUCUUGAACUGAAAGAUCACGGUUUGAUGCUUACAUCAGUCAUCCCUUUGUGUAGCACUUUGCACUACAUAUCUAUUAUGAGAAUGAGAAAUUCUUGUGACAAGUCUCUUAAGAAACUGAGAAGCAAUUUCCCUAUGCUGCUAUAAGCAAAUUUAUUGUAAGAGAAAAUUAUAUCUUGCAGUGUUUUUUGGUGCAGGAUAAUUCCCAUAGCUAUUUUGGAAUUGGGCAACAAUAGAGAUUGCUGAUUUGCCAGUGCAUACUUAAAAAUUUCCUUCUUUACUCUGGUUCAGCUUGUGAUGUCUCUACACAGAAAGGAGAUUACCCCAAAAGGAAGAGAACUGGUGUGAAAAAGCAUGUCCUUGAGUGAAAUGUCUCUAAACUCUACUAUAAGCUUACUGCUCAGACCCCAUGAAUCCAAGCCGUGUUUUCCGUUGGCCUUCAGAGAGUCCUUGUUGAUGAGAACGAACCCCACGCUGACUGAUGCCACACAAACAAGCCCACUUCACAAUGGAUUAUCAUCUAAGUAUACAAGAGACCUGAUUGCUACAUGUGGGCACCAACUCUCAGUAAACCCUCCCUUAAAUCCCCAGCAUGCAGCUCUGGGCUGCUGCCAAUAGACCGAAGAGAGAGGAUGCUGCUUUAGCUUCGGGGAUGUUCCAGUGGAGCGUGCGCUGUUUGUUAGAACAUGGAGCAUGACAAUGUUAUUUUCCAGUGAAAGCUCACCAGGUGGACUCCUGUACACUAUCUCCAGGAUUUUUGACCACAAGACUGCUGUGAGACCAGAUGUCACACAUCCUGAAAGGCUUCCAGUUGAAAUCAAUGGAAUUUGACACAUCCACAAGUAUUAGAUUGGUGCCAGAGUGAUCAGCAUCUUACAGAAAUGAAUGCCAAGACUGCCUCCAGUCCUUAUCCAGGCCUGUCCAUGGACAGCACUUCCAUUAGCAGUGACAAUGACCUUGAAGGGUGCAGCCACUGAGUCACAGAUGAAGUUUUGCCCCAUCCACAUGCUUUCUGUAAGAAUCAUACAAGCUAAGAACAUCAAGUCAAGAGACCUGUGGACAGUUCCACUUUCCUGCCAAAACCUUGCGGGGCAAUGUUAUUCACUGCUUGAUACCAGUCUGAAGUAUUUAGGCAUCUCGGGCUGCAGUAGACAUCUUCAGUCAAGUCCAGACUCCAGCUCUGAAAGACAUCACCUUGGAGAUUUCCUUUCCCACCGUUGUCAAGCUUCACAAAUGACUGCUUCAGACUGUUAUGUACGCUUGUGGCUGCCAUCUGCUUCAAAUGGAAAGCUUCAGACCAAAACCAUCAGGAAUUCUAACAACCCCGUCUGGAACGAGACUUUCUACUUUAGGAUCCAGAGAGAAGUUGAGAACAUUUUAGAAUUGGCAGUGUGUGAUGAAGAUCCACUCACCAAAGAUGACAUGCAGUUCACAGUUCUUUUUAAUGUUGCUAGAAUCAGACCUGGGGAGACACUCCGUGAAACAUUUGCUCUGAAAUCAGAGAAAGAGAGGUGCAUCAAGAAAUGGGAAAGUUUGGAAGUGGAAUUCUGGAUGGAAAGAAUUCCUGGCCCUCCGGAGCACCUCAUUACCAAUGAUGUCCUUGUGUCCCGUGAGGUUUGCUGCUUGGAAGUGCAAGUGGACAUUAAUGAAAGCAGGAAAUAUUUGAAAGAGGGUAAAAAUCUCGUGCUUACGGUGCCUGCAUCUCAUGAGGGAACACAGAAAACUACAGAGGACACAGAUACUUUCUGCUUCCAUUGUGUGAAGUCUUGGGAGCCAGUUCUAAAAGUCAGGCUGCAGAAAGUUUCUGAUAAGGAAGAUGACAAUAGCAGUUUAAGUGACACCUUAACAGUACCACUGAAAUUUCUCCCUGUUGGACAUAAAGUGAAAGUAACCCUCCCUGUAAGACAUAAUGUGCCGCUGCAGUUGUACCUCCAACUAAAUGAUUGCACAGAAAAACUAGAUGUGCGCUUAGGGUAUGAUCUGUGCCAAGAAGAGCAAGAAUUCUUGCAAAAAAGGAAGAGAGUGGUUGCCAGUGCCCUGAAAAGGAUUCUUCAUCUGGAAAGAGAUCUACAUGGACACGAGGUCCCAGUAAUAGCUGUUAUGGCAACAGGUGGAGGCCUCAGAGCAAUGUCAGCUAUGUUUGGCCACCUCUUAGCUCUUCAGCAGCUGAAUCUGUUGGACUGUGUUACCUAUAUCACCGGGGCUUCUGGCUCGACAUGGACCCUAGCAGACCUGUAUGAGCAUGCUGACUGGUCACAGAAGACUCUGGAGGGGCCACUUAAGGAUGUAAAAGAACAAGUGACAAAAUGCAAGCUCAACCUUAUGUCUAUAGAGCAUCUGAAGUAUUAUCACAAGGAACUUGCUGAAAGGGCAAAAGCAGGACACGUGUCAUCUUUUACAACUCUGUGGUCACUUGUUCAGGAAAUGUUCUUACAUGAACGGCCAAGAAAGUACAAACUCACAGACCAGCGCAAGGCAUUGGAGCAUGGGCAAAACCCGUUGCCUUUCUAUUCAGUCCUCAAUGUGAAAGAGGAAAAGUUCAGUACUUUCAAAUUUAGAGAGUGGGCAGAGUUCUCUCCUUACGAGGUGGCCAUACCAAAAUACGGAGCCUCCAUCUGUUCAGAAUAUUUUGACAGUGAGUUCUUCAUGGGAAGGAGAGUGAAGAAGCUGCCAGAAUCUCGAAUCUGCUAUCUGGAAGGUCUUUGGACAAACAUCUUUACUAGGAAUUUGCUGGAUGGCUUGUACUGGUCCUCAAAUUCAAAUGAAUUCUGGGAACGCUGGGCCCAAGAUAUGGUAGAUAUAGAAAAACAUUCACCUGAGGAUGAUAUCACUAUCAUCGAGCCUCCAUCUUGUUUGUCAGGGAAGUUGUAUGAAAUGUUUCAGGACAUUAUGACCAAGCGUCCACUACUGGGAAAGUCUCAUAACUUCCUGAGAGGCUUAGAAUUUCAUAAGGAUUAUAUCCAUCAGAAAAAAUUUAUUGAGUGGAAAGACACUGUGCUGGACUCUUUCCCUAACAAUCUGACACCGCUGCAGAAAUAUCUUUGCCUGAUAGAUGUUGGCUAUUUCAUCAACACCAGUGGUGCAGCACUUUUCAAGCCAGAGAGGAAUGUAGAUGUCAUUAUCUCACUUGAUUAUGGUUUGGGGAAUGUGUUCAAGCAAUUAGAGAUGACAUACAAAUAUUGCAAGAUACAAAAAAUCCCAUUCCCCAAAGUGGAGCUAAGUAAAGAAGAAGAGAAGAACCCAAAGGAAUGUUACGUGUUUUCGGAUGCGGAGGACCCCAGAGCACCCAUAGUAAUCCAUUUCCCCCUGGUGAACGACACCUUUAAGGAAUUCAAGGAGCCUGGGGUAAAGCGCGGUCUCUCAGAAAUGGAAGAAGGCAAAGUAAAUCUGGAGAACAACUGCUCACCCUAUUACCUCAUUAGGCUAAUCUACUCCUCUGAAAAUUUUGACAAACUCGUGAACCUGAGCAAAUACAACAUCCUCAACAACAAAGACCUGCUCCUCCAGGCAAUCCGGAGUGCUGUAGAACGGAAGAGAAGCGGCAGGACUGGGAAUUUCCCCAGCCACUCUGGAGCUGGAUACCCCUAGGCUGGGUUUUUGCACUCUUCCCCACUGAAGGCUACAACAGUCACACUGCAACACACCACAGUCACCUUAUAACGUGUCGCAGUCACAUUACAGCACAUCCCAGUGUUCAUUCUUUGCAGGAAACUGAGGAAACCUAUACAUUUCUCAUCUUGCCUUGUUCAAGUUCCUAGCUUUCAAAAGGGUUUAUUUAAUCUCCAUUCCCUACAUUUUCAGACCACGAGAGGCUCACACUGUGGUCUUCCUUGUUAAGAAAUUAAGGUCCUGGUUAGCAGAGACCUUCCAGGAUCUCCCUGAUGUUAUAGAACAUGGUGGUGGUAAUAGUAAUAGUUUUUGUGAGUGCCUGUCCCCUCGACCCUGAGCCCGUUGUCGGUGUCUUUCAAUGCUUUGUUACAAACCAAGUCCUGGCCAUUUGCAUUCAGUAAUGUCCAGAUUUUCAGACAGGCUGAGCAACUAGAAUUUGCACUGAAUUGGUGGCCUCAGCUUUGAAGUCAGGCCAAAGAGUCAUGUAUAUCUGUGAACAGCGGCCAAACUGCAACGUGGACAACUGCAUUCUGUCUGGCCGAUUCCCCUUGCUGAUUUAGAAACUAUUCCUUUUUUUCCAUUCCCCUGCAAGAGUUUGGCACAGAAACGCUGCUCCAGACUGCCACGAGGGGGGCAGUUACAUUUCGAGGAGAGAGGACAUCAGCCGCAGAGCAGGAGUACGGUUCUUCUGAGUGUUGGCUGGAGGAAAAAUUCUGCGUAAGGCAUGAGUGGUUAUAUUGAUUUAUACGGGUAACGCCUGUAUGCAUUAACGUGUCAAGAGCCUGAAACAAGCUUUUGAUACCAGAAACUCGAGGGGAAUAAUUACCAUAGAUUCAAGUACAUUUAAUUUAAUAAUCAUGACCAAGACAUAAGCUGGUGCUCCUUACAUAUGUAAACUGAAUGUAGGAGAACAUAACUCACUAACAGAGUGCAUAGCCAUUGUAUUUUCACAGCCAGAAGAUUUUUUCCCUUUACGGUCUUCUAUCCCUAACAUCAUAGGCAAGGUAUUUUUAAUAGGUGCCGCACUAAAAUAGAACACAGAAAAAAAAAAAAAAAUUCUUUAUCACACCUCCUUGCUGGAGGAAAAUAUUUGGAAAAAUCACACCUGGUUUUCAUUUGCUUUGGAGUCCAGUGAGAGACUUUGCCUUGAACUAGGAGCUUGGAACAUCUUUAUAGCCCUCCACCAUAUUAAAAAGAUGGCAGAGAAGGAUGCUGACCGAUACAAAACAGAGCUCCACGCAAGUCAGAGAAGUUUCCAGACUUCCUAGCACUGAAGGAUUUGGACUUGCUUCUGGCUUAUUUAAUCCAAACACAGCAUAUUAAUCGGGACCUCCAAGGAAAAAAUCUUAUACCCUUCUUCUGUGUUGGAAAUUUACUUGAUAGCUAGAAUUAGUUCUACCUGAAAUCCAAAAUUAGAUAAAGAGAAACAGGGAUCUGCCUUUCUGGUAUCCACAGACAGUAUCAAGCUCAGAGGGAGAGCAUUUACAAAAGGCUUCAAUGCCUGAAGCGUGCAUCUACUAAAUGCCUCUGCUGCCACAAGCAGUGGCAACGAAUAAGCCUCAGCAAUGCUUAUUUACUGAGCCAAGGAACACCAUGCAAAACCUGAGGCGUCUUAACAGCUGGAAUGCAACUGUGCAAGUGAAGUCAGACCGUGAGCCGAUGAGAACUAAUCGGACACUGGCUGCAAGAAAAAAACAGCGAGCCAUUUUGAGUUGAGGGGUGAGAUGGCAGCAGGGGGCCAGCUCCGAAGAGAGCGUCCUACCGGCGGGAGCUGUUCCCCGCGCAGGAGAGCGGCACGUCCCGGCGCAGCGUGCCGUGGGGCAGGUGUAGGCACCCACGCAGGCACGGGGGGCGCGCUGCUUCCGCGCUUCUCCGGCUGGUCCGGUAAAGAGACCCCUUCUGACAGCCCGCUUGAACGGACCAAAAACCGAUUCCAUCACGGCUGCAGAGGGGCCCCGAGCUCCCACGUCCCGUGGCCCGGCGUGUCCUGAUUCACCCGGGCUGCAGCGCUGGGCCCCACCAGCCGGCGUUGGGCCCCCUGCUCGCCUCGGCCGGGCAGCGGGCAGGAGGGACAAGGAGGGCGUGAUGCCAUCGUGCUGCCCGUCCCUGCGCCCUCCCUGCGUUGGGGCAGCUGAGGCAUCAACUUAUUGCUUGUGCCUGCCGGGAGGGGUGAAGGGCUGAGCUGGAGGAGAGGGCUGGGGGCUGAACAGCUCAUGGGGGGUCCCAGGAAUAGCGGCCGAUAGCGCCUUUUCUGCUGCAGUGGUUAAAGGGCUCGGCUCAGUCAGGGACACUGGUGUUCUCCACAACAGACUGGGAUUUCUUUUGACACUAAACCAAUAUCUAACUGAAGCUGGAAGACUUGGCCAGUCAGGGCAGACCCCACUGAGAUACAGCAGAUUUGUCAGGAGGAAGCCCACCAGUGAUGCUGUGUAAUUGCCGUUUGUUUAUGUAUCAGUCAUCCCUAUUGUAAAUAGGAACGCUGUUUUACCUCAUCUACCUAAUUUUUGUGCUCUGCUGCAAAAACAUAUCCCUGUUUUGUUCAUGGGCUGCAGUGAGUGAUCCAUAACCCUCGGCAGCACGUGCCCAGCAGCGAGGCGGCUCGGCCAUGCUGAGAAAAUUGGGUCUCCCUCUCUAAAUGCCCCACAGGCCAAUAACUGAGGCGUGUUUGGUGCAUUCAUAGUGCUGCUAAUGCAAAACGGAAAUGCCCACUAAAAUGUGAAAGGGCCAAAAGACCCACAGGGUUUUCAGGUAACCCACAGUCCGCGGAAAAAUAACUUUUCUGAGGAACUGUUAAACCCUGUUACGGGGGGAGGGAGGUAGCUGUGGGUUGGGAAGGUGGCGUGACGCUCCCUUUCCCAGGACAACUGUCACCCAAGGUUGUUAAAGUAGGGCCAGGGACUGCUGGUUAAUCCCGCAGGCCAGAGGCACAGACAAGCACGUGCCCCUUGAUGGCCUUGGGGCCCCAUGUGCUACCCUGUAGCCUUAAAUGAGAAUAGAUUUUUAAACCACAUUUUUGUAUUUCAGCAUCUGAAAUUCUGUGAGGGCUGCAUCAUUGCCCAGCAGAGUGGUGUGGGGUUUUUUUUUGUUUGUUUGUUUGUUUUUGAAGCAUGACAUCGAGGGGGUCUGUUGCUGGCCUGACGGUGUGUGUGGCCGGAGGACCUUGGAGGGGCUGCUGGAGGACCCUGCCGGGUGGAGGGACCCAGGCCUGGCACGGGCCUACCCACACACCUUGUUGGGACGUGGCGUCCAGCACGGGCUGUCCCCAAAGCGCAGCUGGGCUCUGGCGCAGCGCCUGCCACCCUGCACAGCCCGACAGCCUGGGGUGACCUGCGGCUGGGCAGCGACCCGCGCUCAGCCCUGCUCCUUGGUUCCUUUCGUCUGUAAGGGGACAGACUACCGAAACGCCCUGUGUCUGUUCCCCAAAGGGUGCACGUUUGUUUGUUCCCUGGCCCCAGCCCUCUCUUCAUCACAAAAAAAAAAAAAAAAAAAAAAAAAAAAAAAAAAAAAAUUGCAAGUGUGAAAAGGCACAUGGCGUGCUUAUAAACCGGGCCUUGCUGUUCUGGUGUGAUGUUCGCUUGACCGCUGAAGAUGAAGGCAUGCGUGCUAAAACCUCAACUGAAAUGCCCCCCAGAUCGGUGCUUUCAGGUGAACGUUUUGCUGGAAAACCCCCACAAAUACAGAGCUUGCUAUCUGCUGCCAGACACGUAGGAAACAAAUGUUUGCUCUCAUAGCUGUUAGCUUCUCUUCAUAGAAAUUGCUUGCUUGUGUCUUUUGACCGUUUAAUAAUAGAUACAUUAAAAAUAAAAUAUUGCAAAGGAGCACCAGACCCAUGAAACUCUUUAUGCGCUUAAACCCAAGACUACAUUUUUUUCCCAGUUGUAUUAGCACGAUGUGUGCUAGAUGCCUGCUGAGCACUUUGUAGGGCGUUUACUGGUUUCAAGACUGAGUGGAAAAAUCAGAGAGAAGAUGUUCUGGUUUACAAAGGCACUGAGAGCCUGGAAAAAAGUGGAACGAAAUCUACCUCUUGGGGUAAAACCCUCUUCAGUGGAAUGGCACAAGGCAGGGCAGGGGGGCAGCUGUAGUGAGCCACAGCCAGGGCACAGCUUUAUUUUGCCUCUUGGUGAUUUGAUUUAAAUGUGUACCUUUCACUGACUUGUGCUGUUAGCAAUUAAAUGGUGAGUUUAAAAUACCUAAGUUUAAAAAGAAAGUUGGUGGUUGGUUGGUUGUUUUUUGG